AUGCAGGACGCGCAAAUGGGCGAUGGCGGCGACGGACACGGCUUGGAUGCAUCCUCCGCCAGCCUUUGUUUCCUCGCUCGUUUCCGGGUCUGCACAACCUGGAUCGUCUUUGCCAAGAUGGUGUUUUGGGCGAGAGGCCUUGAUAAUGGCCCCGACCUGAAAAAGAAGCUCCUAAGCCUCAGUAGUACGAUGGCUGCAGAGCCUACCGAUGCCGACCCUACCAGUGCUGAUAAAUCCGCUUCCUCCUGGACUCAUGGGGACAAGUUCAACUUCGAGGCCACACCGACUCUGGUUCCAGAUAUAGCUCUAGUCCGACUUGGCCGCGGUGUUACCCGUCACCCUCAAGGUCAACACCGUGGUCGUCUCACCAUCGCCAUCCAACAUGCAGAGUUGCAUGGACAUCAGGACGUCAUGCUCAGCCAGGUCAAACAGUACAUUCAGUGGUUCAAACUGAAUGUACCUGCACCUCUCGCUGCGGGUGACGACCUGGCGGCUGUCAACGACUUCGAGGACAUGUAUGCGGCGGAACCGCACUAA